AUGGUCACUGAGUCGCGCUCGGGCUCCAGGAGUUUGAGUCCGAGGGGCUCUCACAAAUCCACCAGCCGCUCCCCGGCCCACUCUCCUGCCCGCUCAAAGCAGGGCUCGCACCACUCCCGCUCCAAAUCCCGCUCGCGCUCCAGGUCCAAGUCCGGAUCCCGUUCCCAUCGGAGCUCUCGGAGGCACUAUUCCCGUUCCCGCUCUCGUUCCCGCUCUCGCCGCCACCGUUCCCGCAGCCGCUCCUACAGUGGAGAUUCCAGACGCAGGCGGAGCCACAGCCGCUCGCCGAUGAGCAACCGCAGACGACACGUCGGGAACAGAGCGAACCCUGACCCGAACCCCUGUCUGGGCGUGUUUGGUCUGAGUCUGUACACCACAGAGAGGGACCUGCGGGAGGUUUUCUCCAAAUACGGCCCGCUGGCAGACGUCUGCAUCGUCUACGAUCAGCAGUCCCGCCGCUCGCGGGGCUUCGCCUUUGUGUACUUCGAGAACAGAGAGGACGCACAGGAGGCCAAAGAGAGAGCGAACGGGAUGGAGUUAGACGGCCGCAGAAUCCGGGUGGACUUCUCCAUCACAAAGAGACCCCACACCCCGACCCCCGGCAUCUACAUGGGCCGACCCACAUAUGGCGGAGGCCCCAGCAUGAGCCGACGCCGCGACUACUACGACCGCAGCUAUGACAGAGGCUACGAUCGGUAUGACGACAGGGAUUACUACAGCAGGUCGUACAGGAGAAGAUCUCCAUCUCCGUACUACAGCCGCGGUGCGUACCGCUCCAGAUCCCGCUCUCGCUCCUACUCUCCCCGUCACUACUGAAAAUCUGAUUUUUUUGUGUUUUGCCCCUGAAGAAGAUUGAAGAUGAAGAAUGAAGAUGAUAAUGAAGAUGAUGAUGAUGACAGUGUUUAUUAUAUAUUUUUUUUAAUUCAUUGAAUGUCAGAUGAGUUUAUGUUUCAGCUCAGUAAAAGUCAUUUUCAUGCAGCUGAGUUUGAGUUGAUGCCCUAAGCCUGUCAUGGUUCUUUUGCACUCUUUGUUUUUUUUUUCCAUCCAGUUUUAAUUUGGAUGUCUGAGCUGUUUGUUCUUUAAGGUGCUGGAGUCCAGAGCGAUGGCCGCUGUGCCCCCUGCCCUUCAAAUUCAUAUCUUUUGUGUUUUAAAGUUAAAGUUAAUGUUAUUAUCACAAUAAAAUCCACUUCACGCCACA